AAAGAAAACAGAAAAUAUUCACAUUUAAGAAGCUGAAAUUAGAGAAUUUUUACUUCCUUUUUUUUCUCAUAAAAACUACUUGUUUAAUUUAUUAGUCGAUUAAUUGUUGCAGCUCUAUUGAUGUGAGUUAGGAUGUAAAACCUGUGGUGCUCUUUGCUGCAGCUAAUGCUGUCAGCGUCGCGUGGGAAAGGAAACAUAAGUGUGAUAUGUAAAUAAAAAAAUGUAUUUACAUGAAUUUAUUUAAAAUUUAACUACCAUGUUUUAUAAUUUGGAAUAAUGCUGGACAAAAUAUGCUGUUUCUAAUUGUUUUUAAUUCCUUUCAGGAAAUCAUCUCGCGACCCCCCCUUCAAAUAUGUCUCCUGGGCUUACGCUAACCACUUAAGAUUAAACAGAGCAAUCAUCCUUUCAUAAUCAUUCAUCAUUCAAUCAUUCAUAAAUCACUCUUCUGACGUUUUCUUUGUUUGUGAUGCCUUUACAAAGAAACAUUACAAACACAAUACAUCAUGUGCAUAGUUACAGGUGCGCUCUGGUAAUUGGAAAAAAUAGGGCUAUACUGCAGAGGUCAUUUCAGCUGACGACAGACAAAACAGUGUAGACCAGACUCUUUGAUUUGCUACAGUGGUUUAUGUACCUGCUGUACAUGAAAAUUGAUAAGUCAGCAGAAGCUAUUUCUGUUUGUUUUAAAGAAAUAGCGACUAGUUUGUUGGUGUGCCAGAUCUCAACUACCGUGCAGCCUAAAAUACUUGCUAUCAGUGAAAAAUAAACAGGAAUUGAGUAUUGGCAAAGGAAAUGAUCCAGUGAGGAAAGUGUUUGCAGCAUCAUCCCCAACAUUGAAGAAACGCAUUGGACAGAAGCUUACACCAAAUGAUAAUGCUAUGUUAUUUUUGUGUCUAUAUAUAUACACACUCACACACCAUUCAGCCACAACCAGUAACUGUUUUUAAUGUGGUUCAUUUGGUGUAAAUAUAAAUACAGUGGUGUGAAAGUAUCAAAGGACAACAUUUAUUUCAUAGUUUGUCAUUAUAUACAUUUGGUUUAUUUUGUUUCAUAUAUCAACAUCUUUGCCGGUGAGAUGAGGCUCUCGGGAUGUUGGUCUGUCUGUCAUUUGUUCCAACACUUAUUACCAGUUUUGCUUGUAAUAUUUGCUCUUAUUCUGUUUCAGUGCUUUGAGCAGGUUGUUUGUAUUAUUUGCAGAGUCCAUACUGUUCUGAACAGAUGGGGAAAUGUUUCUACUCUGUAUGAACUUACUGUAAUUUCUUCCUGUUGCUAUGUUUUGUUGUAUCUCAUACAGUGUACAACCAGAAAUUUGAAAAACAAACCCUUUAAUGUCUUUUUUUCAGCCACUUUGUUUCUCAGCCCUGGCAACAUCCUACAAACUUUGUCAUUUAUCUCCAAGAAAUACUACCAUCAAAUUAAAAUACACGCUGUGUCUUUGCUAAUCAACAAUGGUAAACAGUCAAAAGGUGGAGGUCUGGGGGGAUUCUUGGCACCCGGACAGAUUAUCCCAUCUCCCUUUUGUUUUUACUUCAAACAUGUUUAAUAGCCAGGGACCCAGACGAAUUCUGGGAGCUAAUUUCAUUUGCUCUGUCAGACUACGUCUGGAUCCCCUCCAUUGUAAAAGGAUUUCCCACUGGCAGAAAUCCUGCUGGAUCAAUCACAACUUAUUAUCUGAUAAUGGGCGCGGUUAAUACCAUGAAGCGGAGAGAAACGACUUUUGUAAACAACCAAGAUGGCUGCCACUGAUGAACGAGCAUUUGACUUAAACUUCCAGAAAUUUUCGAAUUUCUCCCACAAAAACUCCAACAGACAUUGUGGAAUUAUCAUCACAGACACCUCUUCUCUGCUGUAGUCUGUUUAAAUUUUCGUGUCGCUCAACAGAAGUGACAUGUUUUGUUGCGCUCACUGGUUGAGGUAUAUCUAAUUGCGUACAGAGGCAUUUUGGUCUGCGUCCCUCGUUAAUGCCUUUUGGUAAUCGAAAAUGAGCUGAGAGGUCAGUCAGGCUCUAUGUGUUAUGCAGUUUUGAGACACUUUAAUUCUCACUCGCUUUUCAGAAAUCCACUUCCUCAGUGGCAAAAAACUGUCAGAAACCCCUGAAGGUUAAUCUGGGCCAGUUGGUCAUGAUGUCAUUUCUUACUUUAAGCAUGAUAUUAAUUGAGCAUUUCAAACUGUUGUGUAUAUAAUUAACGAGAUUGUAAAACUUACUGCACAUUAUAUGGAAUAUUACCACAGGCCAUUUAAACGGUUUCUAUUUAGAUCACUGUAAAUGUCUAGUAUUCUGUAUCUAGUCACUAAAACAUUUAAAAACCAAAACAUAAAUACAUUUUAAAGUUGUAAAUUUAAAUUUUUAAAUUAUUUAAAUUUUAAUAUAUUUCAAACGUAACCACACGGAAUAAAAAUGCUAUAAAUAUGCUGUUGCUGUUCUGUGUUGUACAGCACUAUAACAUGAACUCUGAAUACUCUCAGCCCCACUGUAGCAGCUUCUCCAUAGACCGUAGUACGGUGAUGCAGCAUGCAGAACCACCACAACUCCCAAAGUGGAAUCCCACCCCUGUGGAUCAUCAUCUUCAAGACAACAGUCAACGAGCUGGAGAGGAAUUCUUGAGAUGCAUUGCGGCUAAUAAGCCUCUCCCAGAUUAUCUAAAGGGGGACAUGGCAUACAACCUUGCUGAGGCCUUAAAGUCGGCUAAUGUCCUGAAAGAUGUAGUCAAAUCAGACCAUGAGUUCCAGAAGCAUGUGAACCGGAGCGGAAGUCGAAGCAGAAGCCGUGACAGAAGCCGUGGAAAAUCUCGUGCUAAGAGCUCUGCGCGAAGCAGGAGCCGAGUGCGCAGCCGAAGCAGAGGAAGGAGUAAAAGUCACGCUCAUGGCAAGAGUCGCGCUAGAAGCAAAAGCAGGGCAAGAAGCAAGAGCAGGGCAAGAAGCAAGAGCAGGGCAAGAAGCAAAAGCAGGGCAAGAAGCAAGAGCAGGGCAAGAAGCAAAAGCAGGGCAAGAAGCAAGAGCAGGGCCCGCAGUAAGAGUCGGAGCAGCAGCCGAAGCAGGAGGAAAAGUCGUGCACGGAGCAAGAGUCGGGUCAGGAGGUCCGAGUCACGAAGUAGCAGCAUUGAAAAGAGCCGUGCUGCCAACUGUAAUAAUUGGACAGGGAAAAGUCUGUUGCAGGGACUGAAGAUGGUCAUGAACAGCAAGGAACUGGAAGAGCGGUUGCCUACCCUCAAAGACGCCAUCUUCACUAUUCAGACGUCUGACAGCAAAAAGGUUCUGGAUGAGCAUGACGAAGCCAUGAAUUUGGCUUCUCUGGAAAACGACAGUAUGCUUCUUCCCCACGACAGAGUAGGCAGUGACUUCUCCUGGCUCCAAUCAACGAAGGAAGAGGACUCCACAGACAGGAAAGCUGAAGAACUUGAAGACGAGGAGUCGUUCCUAUAUGGGAAUGAAGGCACUGGAAGAAAACCAACCACUAAAUCCUCUACCGCCCUUUUCCCAGUGUUUUCUCAGACCGGAGAACAUUCCAAACUGCAUAAAAUGGAUGUUUCUGCUCCGAGCAGUCAACAGCAUAAUAAGAGCAUGUCCGCACUCGGUAGCUUUGGGGAUCUGCUCGACCUGAAGGUGCCUCUUCAAAUGAUUUCCUCUUUUAACCUGGACAGCGGUGAUUAUGAGAAGAUCAGGAGCAUAUUAAGAAGUCAGGGCACAGCAGACAUCAGCAAUAUCAUGGCGAAGAUGCAGGGGGAGAAGCAGCCGUCUCCUGCAGAUCCAACAGCGGCGGCCUUCGCUUUGCCAGCAAUGAAAAACCCUAAUGUACAGCAAGCUCUGGAAUCUCUACAGUCUCUGAUAAAAGCGACAAAGGAGAAGCGGGAAAAAGGUGACGGCAGUGGCACGCCUCACACCUCUGACAAACACAAGUCAAGUGACGAUGGGGAACUGAAGACAGAGAAACAGGCAAGAAUGAGUAAAAUGGAAUCUUUGAUGAAAGAAAUGGAGGGAUUGAUGAAACAGGACGGACUGAGUUUUCUGACACCAGUGGUUGGGUUUUACUGCCAAAAAUGUGAGGAGUUCAUUGGAGAUUUAAGCUCUGCUGAAAAACAUGCGGCCAUCCACCAACACACUAACUCUAGCAGUAAAAUGCAAGUGGGUCAACAUGCUGGACAGACCACUGAAGGCAGCAAAGGACACUCCCACUCAAUUAGCAGCGGUGGCGGCCAACGACACCCACACCCCUCAGACAGGAGAGAUCACAGGAACUACGCCUACCAGAGAGAUUCAGGAGACCACAGAAAUCGCAGAGACCAGCAGCAGGGCUGGAGGAGUGAGCAGGAUAACAGAGGCAAGGUCGACGACAACUGCAGAAAUCACAGGGAGGGGCCGGAGAACAUCUCCUUGAAGGAGGAGAUGAGUAAGGAGAGGAUGCUCAUCACGGUGUCACGUGGACUGACUCCGCCGAACGUAAAAGUCAAAGAGGGGAAGGUAAAGAAGGAGCAGGCCAUCAAAGGCCAUGGCAAAGUGAAAGUGGAACAAAAGGAUGAAAGCAGCGAUGGUAGUGAAGAUUGCAAAGUCAAAAAGCCUAAAGAGAAAUCGUCUAAAAAGAAAAAGAAGAAGAAGAAAAAGAAACAGAAGGGGGUUCAGUCCUGAUAUGCCCGUACAUUUUUUCUACCUUUGUCUGACAGAUCCCUGACGUCAAGGUCUGAGUUUUAUCUUCUCGCUCCUGGACACCAUGCGGUAGUUUUCCUUUCUCUUCCCAGUUAGCUCUUCUUUGCUGGUGAGAUCAGAAGACGGAGGUAGGCCGUCAGAAGUGAUUCAUCAUUGUCCUUAAAGGAACAGUCUGACCUGUCGGGAAGUGCACACCUACAUUAAUAAGAGAAGAGUAGUAUCAGUUUCAUCUCUGUGCGUCUAGUAUCGAAUGAGUAAUGCGGAUGUUUUGACCUGUUGGAGGCGCCAUCCUCUCGAUACAACCUCUUCCAGUAUUUGUGCUCACCAUGUGUAAACAUGUCCCACAAUGACACACACACAUACACACAUGAAAUCGAUAUUAAUCUUCUCCUUUGGCUGUCGCUACCUUUUCAAACAAGUGCAUUUCCUGACUGUAGACAAGCUCCUCUUACUGUGUCGCUACCAACAGGUUUUUAUAUGAAAAUGACGAUGUAAAUGUUUAACGUUUCAUCUUCUGAUUAAAUGUUUGAAAAAGGAA